CCCUGGUUUUCACAUCAGCCGUUUCUUGCUAGCCGCCUUCGCUGAACUUCUGACCUUUGGUCAUUUUGGCUCGAAAGAUUAGCCCGUACCAUAGUAGUGUUUAUCGGGGCUAUCAACACUGGAUAUACCGCGCAAAUCUAAUUGAUUUAAAAGUGUCCCAAGAGCUGCACCAGUGUGGAUUGAACAAAGGAAAAACCGGUUGCCACGGGGACUCGGAAAACACAUUGCAUUGCGUGUGAAAAGAGCUGGAUCAGCAGCACAGGUGCCGAUUGAUUUUCACCACCGCCAUCAUCACAUUGCCACGCCAACAGCAGCGGAAAAUAUGCAGGAGGCCUACGUGAACAUCAACUCCAUUCCCACCCACAUCUUCACCUGGGGCCGUUGGAUCGAGGAGACCAUAACGGAGAAGGAGCUGGUCAUUUGCAUAACCGGUAAUCCCGGACUACCUGGCUUUUACACAGAGUUUGCGGGCACCUUGCAGAAGGAACUGGGCGAUCUUCCAGUUUGGGUGAUAGGACACGCUGGCCACGAUGAUCCCCCGGAGGCCAGUAUCCGGGAGGUGCCGCAACUCAGCGGCAACGAGGAGCUCUUCAAUUUGGAUGGCCAAAUCAGGCACAAAGUGGCCUUUAUCGAGAAGUAUGUGCCGAGCGAUGUGAAGAUCCACUUGAUUGGCCACUCCAUCGGCGCGUGGAUGAUCCUGCAGCUGCUGGAGAACGAGCGGAUACGGGAGCGCGUCCAAAAGUGCUACAUGCUGUUCCCCACCGUCGAGCGGAUGAUGGAGUCGCCCAAUGGCUGGGUCUUCACCAAGGUGGCCAUGCCCCUGUACUCGGUGUUCGGCUACAUCUUCUUCAGCUUCUUCAACUUUCUGCCCGUGUGGCUGCGACUGAUGCUGAUCCAGAUCUACUUCCUGAUCUUCUCCAUUCCACGGCAGUACCUUGGCACCGCGCUCAAGUACUCCAAGCCGUCCGUGGCGGAGAAGGUGGUGUUCCUGGCCGACGACGAGAUGGCCAGGGUGCGCGGCAUCCAGCGGGAGAUUGUGGAGCAGAACCUCCAUCUGCUGAAGUUCUACUACGGCACCACCGAUGGCUGGGUGCCCGUCUCCUACUACGAGCAGCUCAAAAAGGAUUACCCCAAGGUGGACGCCCAGCUGGACACCCAAAAGAUCGCCCACGCCUUCGUCCUGCGCCAUUCCAGGCCCAUGGCGGCAGUCGUGAGGGACAUGAUCCAGCAGCAUCGUCGGGGAUGAUCUCCCUAGCCCAGACCAUCAGCCCUGUCCAGCUCCUAGAUGAACAUCUGGACAAGGCUUGAACGACCCCAUAGCAAUUCCAAUCCACUGCCUUUGUGUGGCAAUUAGUUUGUUUUUAUUAGUAUCUUUUUGCAUCUCUCGAAGGAAGAAACUCUAAAUAUAGUCAAAAGUGAUUUAA